ACCUUCUCCCCCCUGCUGGUCAGAUCCAGGACAUUUCUGUUCAAAGUAGAACUCAUAUUUCUAUGUUUCUGGUUCCUCCCAGACCUGCUGGAGAUGUUCUUUGAGAAGAACUUUGCUCUGCCGACCGACAUCCUGAUGAUUCCUGAAGAACGAGCUGCAGUCGUCUCCUUCAGCCGCCACAAAGCUGUUCAGAACAUCUGCAUGAAAGAAGACCUUGUGAUUUGUUCCAACUCCGUCAAGGUGUAUCCAUUCUACCCGUCGCUGGGAACCGCCUUGUACGGUGAAGACCGACCAGCCUGGAAGAUGCCCGACUCCUUCACCGAGAGCCUUCACCCCGUCGUCAGGAAGUUCUUCCUGAUGAAGAACCUGCUAAAAAGCAUCAACGAUCAGAUGCAUCCACAUUUCUGCAGCGUGGAUUUGGAUCAACCCGAAGUGAAGCUCAGCCCCCUGCCGGGCUUCCUGAGGCAGAACGGUCUGACCGCCCAACAGGUCGAUGGCUGGAAACGUAGCGCCCAGGACGCCUUCCGCCGCCUGAUGGCCCAGUACUCGGCCUUCGAGUGCCGGGCCAACGGGCCAGCCUGGAAGCUUGCAGAGAAAGACGUCCGUUCGGUUCUGAGGGACGACGGCGUCCCGGUGCUGGAUGCUUCCAGGGGGGUCCUGACCGUCGCUGGCCAAGCCGAUGAUAUGAAACGAAUCAGGCCUACUGUGGAGAACAUCGUUCUUAAAGCCAUGAGCGUCAUUGAACGGCAGACGGAUGGCGUCUCCGAGCUGAUGCUUCUGUCCCCAGCCAUGUUCUACAUCCUGAAGCAGGACGGGCUGCUGAGAGCCGCCCAGGACAUCUCCCCGGACAUGAACCUCUCCUACAAUGAAGCCACCCAGCAGCUCACCAUCACUGGACUCCCUGCUGAGGUUUUCAAGACCAAGGCCUGGAUCCUGGAGAGGAACAUGAACAUGUCCAAAAAACAGCUGAACAUCCCUCCUUGUCUUCUGUACUUCCUCAGGACAGCAGAUCCCACAGAUAUGUCCCAGGACCUGUUCACCUCCCAGGGCAUCAGCACCAUCUACAGCAUCGAGACCAAAGGGGUUUUCCUGCUGGGAAGUUCUGACAAAGUCCUCGCUGACGCAGAGACUAAGAUGAAGGAGGUUCUGGCGCUGCAGACUCUGGAUGUGGAGGACCAGGAGGUGAUGAAGCUUCCUGGGUGGAUGGACCUGAAGCAGCAGCUGCUGGACACCUACAACUCCACAAAGAAGAAAACUGUGGACAUUCAGACCAACUCAGACAAAGUAAUGGUGGCCGGCUUCAGGAGUCCCGUCAGAGAGGUGAGCAGCAGUCUGAAGGAGUUCAUCACAAACUUCUCACGAGUUAAAGAAACCGUUCGUGUUGAAUCCUGUGCUGUCGUUCAGUUCAUCGACAAGAAGAAAACACAGGAUUGGUCCAGUAUCUCCAAAGACAAUAAUGUAUCUGUUCAGUUUGAUCCGGAGAGGCCGAGAAUCGUCCUCACUGGGGCUCGUCUUCACAUCCAGAAAGCCAGAUCAUGCUUUCAGCAGCUGACUAGUGCUCUCUUCACUGACACCUUAACCGUGGACAAACCUGGAGCUAAGAAGUAUUUCCAGACUUCAGGAAGAAUGUUCCUGUCCAGCAUCAUGACAGAGUUCAACUGUGUGGUGGUGCUUUGCCCAGAGGUCCAGGACGAAGACGAGGAAGAAAACUAUGAAGGAGGAAGCAGCCUUUGUUACUGCAAAGUGAAGACCACCGGUGGAGUUCUGGUUUCUGUCAGCAGAGCAGACAUCUGUAGCUUCAACGCCGACGCUGUGGUCAACGCAGCCAACGAGGACUUGCAGCACAUUGGCGGUUUGGCUUUGGCUCUGCUGAAAGCUGCAGGACCAGAGCUGCAGAAAACCAGCAGCGACUACGUGUCUAAAAACGGACCUCUGCGUCCGGGUGACGCCAUGGUAACGGAUGCAUACAACCUGCCCUGUAAGUACGUCGUGCAUGCUGUCGGUCCGCGGUUCUCCGACUUCGACAAGAAGACUUCGGUGUCGCGCCUGAAGACCGCCGUCAAAGAAAGUCUGAGACAAGCGGAGACGGUGAGCUGCUCCUCCGUCGCCCUGCCGGCCAUCAGCUCGGGGGUGUUUGGAUUUCCUGUCCAGCUCUGUGCCGAGACCAUCGCCCAGGCGGUGCGGGAAUACUGCGACGGUCCACGAGGUCCGUGGUCGCUAACCGAGAUACACCUGGUGGACAACAACGACAGCACCGUCAGGGACAUGGCCGCAGCUGUCAACGCAGAGUUCAGCGACCUCCAACCGACCAUGACCAUCCCACCACCGGCCAGCAGAGGCACCGGGGCUUCUGGUGGUUCCCAGCAUGGUGGAGGCCGAGGUAGAGGAGGAAGAGGAAGAGGAGGAGGAGGAAGAGGAGGAGGAGGAAGAGGAGAUGGAUUUCAGGCUAACAGAGGAGGACUAGGUCGGCCUGGAGGGAGGGAACGGAGGACGGAGCAGAUCACCGCUGGGGGGCUGAAGAUGGUUCUCUGUCUGGGGAACAUCGAGGAAGAGAAGACUGACGUCGUCGUCAACACCAUCUCAGAGAACAUGAACCUCCACCAGGGUGCCGUUUCCAAGGCGAUCCUGGAGGCGGCCGGACAGCGGCUGCAGGUGGCGGUUCGCUCUGCGGUCGCCACGGCGACGCUGCGUUACGGUGACGUCAUCGUCACCGACGGCUUCGAGCUCUCGUGUCGGAAAGUGUUUCACGCCGUUUGUCCUCCCUGGGACGACGGAGACGGACGGCCCGGGGAGGAUCUGGUGUCCAUCAUCCGGUUCUGUCUGGAUGAGGCGGAGAAGCUCCAGUUUUCCUCGCUGUCCUUCCCGGCCAUCGGAACCGGAAACCUGAGCUUCCCCAGAGACCUGGUCUCCAGAGUCCUGAUGAGGGAGGUCCACCGGUUCAGUCGGACCAGAACCCCCCGACACCUGAGGGAGGUUCACCUGGUGGUCCACCCCACCGACAGCCAGACUGUGGAGUCUUUCAGCAGAGAGUUUAAAGCUCCAAACAAGGAAGUCACCGACGUCAACACGUCACUGAUUGGUCGACCAGUUGGCCAAUCACAGCCCUCAGCAGCCUCCUUCAGCCUGGUGUCGUCUCCGUCCCUCGGUGUGUAUCGGAUGCAGAUGGGUCAGGUGACCCUGGAGGUGUCGUCUGGUGACAUCACCAAGGAGGCCAGUGAUGUCAUCGUCAACUCCUCCAAUCAGGACUUCACCCUGAAGUCAGGAGUUUCCAAGGCGAUCUUAGAUGCUGCCGGAUCAGUCGUGGAGCUGGAAUGUUCUCAGAUCGUGAACUCUCCGGGUCUCCAGUCUCGUCCGAUGAUCCUGACGUCGGCCGGCCGGCUGCCCUGCCGGGGUAUCGUCCACAUCGUUGGCCAGAACGACCCGUUGAAGAUUAAAGACAUGGUCUGCUCGGUGCUGAAGACCUGCGAGCACAACAAAUUCAGCUCCGUCUGCUUCCCGGCACUCGGUACAGGUCAGGGCGGCGCCCCCCCGCCGGCGGUGGCCGACGCUAUGAUCGACGCCGUGGUGGAGUUUGUGAGGAAGAAGCAGCCGAAGUUCCUCCACAGUGUGAAGAUCCUGAUCUUCCAGACGGCCAUGAUUACUGAGUUCCACCGCAGCAUGAAGAGGAGGCAAGGCGAAGAGGUGGAGGAGAAGGGCGUCCUCGCCAAGAUCAAAGACAGUUUCACGUCUCUGUUCUCUGGAUUGAUGGACGACCAGCCCAGCACCGAGGACCUGGUCCUGGAGAGGGAAGAGUUCGAGCCCACAGUGUUCCAGCUGUGUGCCGACAACUACACGGAUGUGAGUCAGGCCAAGAAACGCAUCAGGGAGCUGAUUGUGGCCGAGCAGGCGGAGAGGAAAAUCACCGACCCGUUCAUCAGCCAGCUGUCUCCGGCCAACGUGGAGGAGCUGAAGGCCCUGCAGAAGCAGCUGACGGUCAGCAUCUGGCUGGACCAGGACCAGGAGCCCAGCAUCCACCUGGAGGGUCUGACCAGGGACGUGUACACCGCCGAGUCCACAAUCAGAGACCUCAUCCGGAGGGUGGAGAGGACGGAGAACCUGAAGAGCAAAGCCCUGCUGGUGAGCAAAGCCGUGGAGUGGAAGUUCCAGGACCAUCGGGGAGUCAUGGUGGCCUUCGACAUGCUCACCAACCUAAAGCUGGAGGAGGCUCUGGACGGGAAGCCGAGCGUGAAGGUCCAGAUCGGCAACCAGACGUUCACUGCUUACCCAGCGAGGAAACAAGCAACCGCUGGAAACCGGGUGGUGGAGCUCCAAAGGAGUGAGAUGAAAAAUGAAGCCGCUCUGCCGUCGCAUUGGGACGACAUGAAGGGCGACUUGAUGAAGCUGUUCGAUGUGAGUCCAGGAUCGAAGGAAUACAGCGACGUGGAGAAGGAGAUGAAGAAGACCGGCCUGGCUGCAAACAUCAUCAGCGUCCAGCGGGUCCAGAACACGACGCUGUUCCAGAGCUACCAGCUGAUGAAGAAACAGCUGGAGGUGAAGAACAAACACAAGAACAACGAGCGGCUGCUGUUCCACGGAACCGGAUCCAGCGCCAUCGACCUGAUCAACAAGCAGGGCUUCAACCGCAGCUACGCAGGAGCUCACGGUGUAAUGUACGGUAACGGCUCGUACUUCGCGGUGGAUCCUCGCUAUUCAGCUCAAGGCUACGCCCAACCUGAUGCCAACGGCCACAAGCGCAUGUACCAGGCCCGGGUUCUGGUCGGAGACUUCACCAAAGGCCACAGCGGCCUCAUCACUCCUCCGGCCAAAGGUUCUGGAAAUUCCUCCGACCUGUUUGAUAGCGUCGCCGACAACAAGACCAACCCAACCAUGUUCGUGAUCUUCAAUGACAUCCAGGCGUACCCAGAAUACCUCAUCACCUUCACCUGAAUCUGCUCUAUACUCCAUCACCUUCACCUGAAUCUGUUUUAGCUUAACGUCAGACUGCUCACUGCAUAUCUAAAAGUUCUGUUGGAAGUUCUGAAGUUUGUAUUCUUAUUAAACUGACACAGAGACAAGGUUAAUGUGGAGUAACAACACAAAAUAAAAGUCCAAAGCCUUUAUUUUAAAGAUUCACAAAAUAAGACCAUUUACCAGAAAUUGUAAAACGUUGCGACUGUUGGAUCGUACUUCUACCAAUCAUACUUCCUGUAUCAUCGGGAAAAACAACCAAAUCUGAGCCUGAAACCCAGGUUUUUAGUAAGAGUCACUUUAUUCUACCUGCCACGUUCAAAACCUCUCCAACCAAAAAUCAUUGGAGCUUCAGUAGAAAUCUCAGAGAGGUGAAAUGUCUUCCAGAAACUACCAGAGAAGUCCAUUUCCUUCAAGUGCUUGAAGAUGUUGCACCUCUUAGGAGACGUUUCCUCUUUUAGUCUUCAAGAACUUGAACACCUCAGAGUUGAAACGUCUUCCAGUAUCUACCAGAGAAGUCCAGUUGCUUUCUACUGAAGCUCCUAUGAUUACCAUGACCUAGAUGAUUGAGAAUCUACAGACAUCUUUCCAACCAAGAGGCCAGAUUGUCAUCUAUCAGCCACAAACCAUCACGUGAUAUUUUAGGAAAAUUAACCAAAUCCAAUCACCAAUAAUCACUUCAUUCUACUUAGUUUGCACUCAUGAGAUUCUGUAAUGAUGUAAACUUGAGGAAAGAUUUGGGCAAUUUUGGAUGUUUUAAAUCAUUUUGGACACAUUUGUUGAAAUAUUUACAAGUUUUAAGUUAUUUUUGUGAAAUUUUGUCAUUGUAGAUACAUUUUGGGUCAUUUAGGAUGAGUUUUUAAUUGUUCUGAUUGAAAAACAAUAAAUUUACACAUAUCUGAA